AUGGCCUCCGCAGCACCGCCCAUCAUCGACGACAAAUCUCCCCUUUGCAUCCCCUUCAUAACCUCCCUCCUCAAAAAGCGCACCACCCCCCAAAAUGAAUCCCCACGCCCCUUCAUAAUCGGCCUCAACGGCGUCCAAGGCGUCGGCAAAACAACCCUCGUCGCCGCCCUAGCCUCCUCCCUCACCCAACUAGGCCACCCAACCCUCGUCUUCAGCAUCGACGACCUCUACCUCACGCACGCAGACCAACUCGCCCUCGCCAGCUCACACCCAGACAACCUCCUUGUCCAACAGCGCGGCGAACCAGGAACCCACGACACGCAGCUCGCGUGCACAUUCUUCGACUCCAUCACAAGAGGUCACCCCACCAAAGUCCCCUCGUACGAUAAAGCAGCCUUUUCCGGCCAGGGGGACCGCGUCCCCGAGAACCAAUGGCCAGAAGUCAACGGGCCAGACCAGCCCAAGGUCCAAGUCGUCAUCUUUGAGGGCUGGUGCGUCGGGUUCCGCACCCUGGCCGAGGCCGAGGUGGAAGCCAAGUGGAAGGCGCCCAGCAGGACGCUCCAGAAGCAUAAGCUCGAGCACUUGCUGUUGGUGAAUGAGAGACUGAAAGCGUACGACGCCAUGACUGAUCUCCUCGACGUCUUUAUCCACAUUGAUGCCGAAGACACGCAGUACGUCUACGACUGGCGUCUGCAGCAAGAGGCUGCGCUCCGUCGGGAGAGGGGCACGGGCAUGACGGACGAGCAGGUUGUCAAGUUCGUCGACGGCUACUACCCUGCUUAUGAGCUGUUUUCGGAUAAUGUCAGGAAAGGGAUCCUGCCAAACAGUCCGGGCCACCAGAUGAGACUCGUCGUCCGUAAAGACAGAUCGGUAAAGGAAUCAUUUGUUUUGUGA